GAUGGGCUUGGAUUCAUGGUAGGAAAGGACAGGUAUAAAAUGCAUCUGGCAGAGGCUGCUGACACAGUGGAAAAAUCAAGCUGCAACAACCACCGGGCAGUAAAUCAAGCUAAUGCUGCUCAGCACAAGCUGGAGUCCACCGGUAUUGGGGGAGUUGCCUGUGCCCAGCACGUCACUUGCAGACAAAUGAACAUGGACUACGCCCUUUGUGAGGCUUCCCGGCACAACAUGGAAGGCAUCACCAGGGCCGUCACCUUCUAUGAUAUCAACUGUCAAUACAACAAACACUUUCGGGUUUGGGUGGAUCGAGGUCGAUUUCUAGAAAUGGCACCGCAACUAACCAUCAUUCCUGGAAUUGGGUUGUGGCACGUUCAUGGCCAUCAGGACAGCUGCUAU